GCAGAUGAGCCACAGGAAACGGAGCUCAGGCAGAAGGCUUUUGGGAGGAUGAUGUUCCCUGUAAUUCUAAUUUGUGUGGGGCUCUUAGUCUUUUUCUUCCUCCGGCAUCUCCUGAAUAUGCAACAGGCCCGACAGAAACUUCCUGCCGGACCGGUGCCACUUCCUAUCAUUGGAAACUUGGGAAUGGUCGGUUUUCAACUCCACCACGAAACUUUGCUAAAGAUGGCCACGACGUAUGGGGACAUCUACACCCUCUGGCUAGGACACACCCCUGUGAUUGUGCUGAAUGGGUUCAAGGCCGUGAAAGAGGUCCUGAUCGACCACUCUGAAGACUUUGCAGACCGGCCUAUCCCACAGUUCAUGGAUGAUAUACUGGAAAAAGCACAUGGUAUCCUUUUUUCCAGUGGCUAUGAAUGGAAGCAGCAGAGGCGGUUGACUCUGAUGAUGUUUCGGAACUUGGGCCUGGGCAAGAGCAUUCUGGAGGACCGUAUUCGGCAAGAGGCCGGCAGUCUGGUCCAGGCCUUCAUGCAAGAGAAAGGAAAGCCUGUUGAUCCCUACAGUCCCAUUCUGCUAUCUGUUAACAAUGUGAUUUCUCCUAUGCUUUUGGGGCGUCGUUAUUCUGAGGAUGAUGAUGCUUUCCACCGUCUGAUCAAGGGCUCCAAGGCCACAGAAGCCUUUACUGGCAGCCUUUGGCUACAAGUCUAUGAAGCCUUUCCUAGGCUGAUGAAAUUCCUGCAACCUGUUAUGAACAAAUCGCUGGAGGCAUUCAUUCACAUCCACGACAUAAGAAGCCUUGUGAAGGAGGAAGUCGAGUGCCAUAAAAGGAGCGGGUCGCCCGAAGCGCCUCGGGACUUCAUUGAUUCCUACCUUGCUGAGUUGAAGAAACAAAGCACUAAGGAAAUGAGCAAAGAGGGCUCCAUCUCAGGAUUUACAGAAGCCAACAUGGUCGAAGCGAUCGCAGAACUUUUCAUCGCAGGCUCAGACACGCCCACCAUUGCCUUGUGCUGGGCACUCCUCUACAUGGUGGUGUAUCCGGAGAUACAAGAGCGAGUGCAAGAGGAGCUGGACACCGUCCUGGGCUCAUCCCAUAUCAUCCGCUACGAGGACCGGAAAAUCCUGCCUUUCACCAGUGCGGUGCUCCACGAAACCAUGAGAUGCAGCAGCAUAAACUCACUGGGAGUUAUACAUAUGUGCUCCCGGGAUACGACCUUACAAGGCUUGCCUAUUACCAAGGGCACCAUCGUUUUCCCAAACCUCUUCUCUGUCCAUUAUGACCCUGAGGAGUGGGAGACGCCACGCAAGUUCAACCCAGGGCACUUCCUCGACAAGGAUGGUAAUUUCAUCAACAGACAAGCCUUUUUGGCCUUCUCAGCAGGAGUCCGGGUAUGUUUAGGGGAGAAGUUGGCCAGAAACAUCCUCUUCCUCCUCUUCACCAGCCUCCUGCGUGCAUUCAGAUUCCAGAUGCCAGAAGGGGUGAAGGAAAUCAGUUGUGAGCCCAUUCUGGGGUUCGUUCUGCAACCCCACCCGUUCAAGAUCUGUGCUAUUCCUCGCUAGAACACAUUACGCCCAGCAGCUUCAGAAUCUGGAAUGAAUGUCCCUCCCAGGCAGGGCCAUCUCUUCCGUUGUUGUUUGUUUGUUUACUUAACUUAGCACUGUGUUGUUUUUCGGCACACUCACACUACAGACUCAUAUCCUUAUACCAUACUUUGAGCUCCAUCACACCAGCGAUUUAUUGCGGACUCGCCGUGCCUGGUAUGUGGAUUUGCAGAGCGGGACUCACAUGGCGUCGUCCCUGUCCUGCACUCAUCUCGCUGCUUCACCCCCUUGUUGCAUAGAAUCAUAGAAUCAUAGAAUAGCAGAGUUGGAAGGGGCCUACAAGGCCAUCGAGUCCAACCCCCUGCUCAGUGCAGGAAUCCACCCUAAAGCAUCCCUGACAGAUGGUGGUCCAGGUGCCUCUUGAAGGCCUCUAGUGUGGGAGAGCCCACAACCACACCAGGCAACUGAUUCCAUUGUCGUACUGCUCUAACAGUCAGGACGUUUUUCCUGAUGUCCAGCUGGAAUCUGGCUUCCUUUAACUUGAGCCCGUUAUUCCGUGUCCUGCACUCUGGGAGGAUCGAGAAGAGAUCCUGGCCCUCCUCUGUGUAACAACCUUUCCAGUAUUUGAAGAGUGCUAUCAUGUCUCCCCUCCAUCUUCUCUUCUCCAGGCUAAACAGGCCCAUUUCUUUCAGUCUCUCUUCAUAGGGCUUUGUUUCCAGACCCCUGAUCAUCCUGGUUGCCCUCCUCUGAACAAUACAUUUUGUUUUGGUGCUGGGAAAGUCUGGAUUAUUUCCCCCUCUCACUUUUUCCUUUGUUGGGGGUGUGUUGAGUCUUGAUGAUGAAAGGGGAGGGCGUGGUGGUUCUCCUCCUCCAGCACGGUCAUCGUAGGGACUUGUUAGUCAGUUGAAUGGACUUUUUAGUGCUCCUCCACCCCUGUUGCCUGCAGAAACGAAGCCCAAAUGAAACCUUAAAAGUAAUCGCUAGAUAACAAAUCCAGAGCAGGGGUGGGUGGGGAGAAGAGCCCACACCUAUCAGAGUAGCACAACCAAUGAACCGGAGGAGAUGUCCUGCAACUACCUCCCCUGAGGGCUCAGGCUCCUGUGGGUCUGAUGGUGGUCUUGGGUCUGGGGCUUCAGCUUCUGGGGCACCCCAGGCUUCUGGAGCCUCUAGCUUCUCCUCUUCUCCUCAAGUAGGGGCAUGACAGGAGGAAGGAGAAGGGGCGAGGUGGAGUGGAAGAGCAAACAAGCGAAAACCCACUUGAAAGGGACCAUGUGUGAUGGAGCCCUUGACGCACUUAUGAAAUGGAGGUAAAAAAAACGCAGAGACAAACCAGAGGAAAAAAAUAGGUGUGAUGGAGCCCAAACUGUCACAGUUUCCCCAAAAGAAUAACGUGAAGUGUAAUUUGUUGAAGGUGCUGAGAAUUCCCGAAACCCAACUGUGCCUAUCCGCCCCACCACCGCCCAGAGAGGUUCGGCUAUGGGGCAGGUUAGAAAUGAUGAUGUUGAUGAUAAUAAUAAUAAUAAUAAUAAUAAUACCCACAGUUCCAUGAAUAGGAAGGCUACAAAGUGGCUUUCUUUCUGUGUAUUAAUUGAAAAUAACAGUUACAGUUUAGGUAAGCCUUCCCCAGCCUGGUGUCCUCCAGCUCUGCUGGACUACAACUCCCUUCAUGGCCAAUGAUGGGAAUUGUAGUCCAACCCGUCUGGAGCACACAAGAUUGGAGAAGGCUGGUGUAUAUCACACAGCCACAUCCUGCAAGAAGGGAAGCUAUCAGCAAUUGUUUGAUAAAGGCGCAUAUCAAUUAAAUAACCCAAACUCCUGGUUAUCCUGUCAAUUCAUCACAUAGGGCGAUUGAUUGAUAUUAUUCCUGCUUACAAUGUUUUCUAAGCAUUUACAGAUUCUCCUGCUAGUGCUUUCGUAAAUAAAGGAUGAUUGAGUACAUCUAA